AUGGUGUCGUUCACAGCAGUGCUGCUGCUCGCCAGCGCGGCCCUGCACGCCCACGCCCAAGACUUCUCCGACCUGGUCGGCACCUGGAGCAGCAAGUCCAACUCGACCUUCACCGGCGACGGCUUCUACAACCCCAGCGCGGACCACUUCACCGAGCCCAAGCACCCGGGCAUCAGCUACUCCUUCAGCGCCGACGGCUACUACGAGGAAUCCUACUACCGCGCGGUCGCGAACCCUACAAACCCAAAGUGCCCCAGGGGCAUCAUCCAGUGGCAGCACGGCAAGUUCGAGAAGCUCGCCAACGGCUCGCUGAACCUGCACCCCAUCCGCGUCGACGGGCGGCAGCUGUACUCGGAUCCGUGCGUGUACAAGAACAGCAUCUACACGCGGUACAACGCGAGCGAGACGUUUACUCGCUACGAAUCCCGCACAGACGACUACCACAAAAUCCCCCGCCUCAACCUCUACAAAUUCGACGGCUCGCCCCUCAUGCCCCUCUACCUCGCCUUCUCCACCCCCAAGAUGCUGCCCACCACCACCCUCAACCCGCUCGUCACCGCCACCGCCACCGCGAAAGCGAAAGCCAGGCGUGCCCUGCCCAUGCCGGACGAGGUGCUGCUGCGCAAGAGCGGGAAUCUGGCGGACGGCGUGUUUUGGGCGGGUGUGCUGGCGUCGGGGGCGGGGGGGCUGCUGUGGUGGUUUUUUUAG